AACCCUGUGUUUGUGUGUCAGUCCCAUACAGUGGUGUGUAGUGUGUGUAAGCGGGACGGCCAUCUAAAGAAAGACUGUCCUGAAGACUUCCAGAGGGUUCAGCUAGCCCCUCUCCCUCCCAUGACACCUGCCUUCCUCAAAACACUCAACACAGUCUGCCAGCAGUGUUACCGAGACUUUGCUCCAGAUGAUGUGGAGCUGGGAGUGAGAGAACACAUCCUGCAGGACCUGGAGAGCUUCGUCAAACGACAGUUCACAGGUGCCAGACUGAGGCUGUUUGGUUCGUCUAAGAACGGCUUCGGCUUCAAGCAGAGUGACCUGGACAUCUGUAUGGUGCUGGACGGACAGGAGACCGCUGAAGGUCUGGACUGUAUCAGCAUUAUAGAGUCUCUGGCCAGACUCCUGAGGAAACACCCAGGUCUGAGGAACAUCCUCCCCAUCACCACGGCUAAGGUCCCCAUCGUUAAGUUCUACCACGCCAGGACCGGCCUGGAGGGAGACAUCAGUCUCUACAACACGCUGGUGAGAGGAACGCACACCUGGUUGGUCAUGUGGGAGCAGGAAGCAGCCCCUUACACAACACGCGUCUGUUGGCGCGUGCGCUGCCAUCGACCCCGAGUCAAGAUGCUGUGUUAUGUCACGAAGGUGUUUGCCAGAUUUAUGACGAGGGAGAAGAAGCCUGAGAUUUUGGUAGAUGGAUGGAAUGUCUACUUCUACGAUGAUCUGGAUAAACUGCCUGAGCGCUGGCAGCAGAAGAACCUGGAGUCUGUAGGUGCUCUGUGGCUGGGCCUGCUGCAGUUCUACACCGAGACCUUUGACUUCAGAGAACACGUUAUCUCCAUCAGACAGAGAGCAGCUCUCACCACCUUCAACAAGCAGUGGACCUCUAAGUACAUCGUCAUCGAGGAUCCUUUUGACCUGAACCAUAACCUGGGAGCUGGCCUGUCCAGGAGAAUGACCAACUUCAUCAUGAAGGCUUUCAUCAAUGGCAGAAGUGUGUUUGGAACAACAGUCAAAGCCUACCCUCCUGAGUACACUAGUCCGAUGGAGUUCUUCUUUGAUCCUGAGGUGCUGACUGAGGGACAGCUGGCUCCUAACGACCGCUGCUGCAGGAUAUGUGGCAAGAUCGGACACUUCAUGAAAGACUGCCCCAUGCGCAGGAAGUCUAGGCAGCGCCGUGAACAGGAGGAUCGAGCAGAGGGAAGGAGGGACUGGGCGGAAGGGGGCAGGGAACAUCGUCAGGGUGAAUACUGGAGAAGACAGGAAGAGAAACGGUGCUGCUUCCUGUGUGGAAGCCACGCCCACAUCAAGAAAGACUGCCCCCAGUACAGAGGACCAGCUGGGGCCUUCUCUUCAUCUCCCUCUACGAGCCACAUGAGGAAUUUGAGAGAGAGAAAAACGGGACUCACCUCAACCUGGUCUAAUCCUAGUGUGUUUGUUUGUCCAGGACUCACCUCAACCUGGUCUAAUCCUAGUGUGUUUGUUUGUCCAGGACUCACCUCAACCUGGUCUAAUCCUAGUGUGUUUGUUUGUCCAGGACUCACCUCAACCUGGUCUAAUCCUAGUGUGUUU